AUGGAGGCACUUGAGAGCACUCUUGGCCCGACUGCUGAGAUCGAGACCUCAAUUGAUCAUGAAAAGGCGGAGAAGCAUCACCGACAUGGAGAGAAGGGCGAAAAUGAAUCAACAGGCGCUCAUACCCGAUAUUCGGAAAACGCAUUGGAGGCGCAGCCAGAUGCAAACACCCCCAUCACCUAUCUUUACCUUGAAUUCGAGACGAGUCUCCCGACACUUCCACACCUAGAGUACGCAGAGAACCUGCCGCCGGUACCUGACCUGAAAAAAUUUAGUAAUCCGAAAACAUGGUCUCCGAUGCGAAAGGUGGUACCGCUCAUCCUUUCGUGUGUGGCAACCUUCUGCACCGCCUACUCAGCUGGCUCUUACUCUCCCCCGUCACGUCUGAUAGCGAGCGAUCUAGGAACCAGCCACCUUUCUGUCCUUGUGGGCAUUACUACCUUCUGUUUGGGAUUCGGCCUCGCCCCAAUGGCGCUUGCUCCCAUGAGUGAGAUCUGGGGCCGUUACGUCGUCUUCGUCGUCGCAGGCAUCGUAUUUGUCGUAUUCGAAGCCGUGUGUGCUCUCGCGCCAAACUUGGCAGGUAUGUUGGUUGCGCGGUUUCUGGUCGGUUGUGGUAGCAGUGUGUUCUCCUCUGUUGUGGGUGGUGUGCUGGCGGAUGUGUACGACAAGGCCGAGAGGAAUACGCCCAUGUCGUACUUUAGCUUUGCCGUGAUUUCCGGGACGGGGGCAGGACCCUUGGUGACAGCCGGGAUUGUGAACUCGAUGAGAAGUGGGACACAGGCGUGGAAGUGGUCGUUUUGGCACCAGGCCAUCGCUGGCGGUGUGCUCCUCCUUGCCAUUAUCGUGUUUUUCCACGAGACAAGAGGAAGUGUGCUGUUGUCACGCCAAGCUGCUACUUUGAACAAGUGGUAUGAAGCCUUGGAGGAGCGAGGCCAUUUUGGAGUUGCUGUAAGAGACUCCCUUUUGGAGGAGAUCGCUCACCCUUCAGUCGCAUAUACCUCAUCGUCGAGUGACCCGGAAAGUGAUGGUAGCAGCGAUGGUUCGACCAUCCGACGAGUACGCUGGAAGGUUCAGGCCGACGAGGAGCGAGCGUCACUGGCCACAAUAAUGUCGACGUCCAUUCGGCGACCCUUCUAUCUUCUCUUCACGGAGCCCAUCGUCUUCGCCUUUUCUCUCUGGGCUGCCUUCGCCUGGGGUGUCCUGUACCUCGCUUUUGCCGUCGUGCCCUAUCUGCAUGGGAAUGACUUUAAUGCAUCGAUGAGGACCUAUAUUGCGAUGAUAGGUGGAAGUGCAUCGGCUACUGCCGUGAGCAUCUGGCAGGAGGAACUCCUGAAGCAUCCGAAAUGGCGACCGGAAAGCCAGGAUACCUCCAGGUUCUGGGCAUUCAUGAGACGGCGAUUUCCCGCUGACUCGCCAGACGCUCGGCUCUACUUUGCCUGUAUCACGGCUUCCUUCUUACCUGCUGGUCUGUUCGGCGCUUUUAUGGCUCCUAGCACAGGCCAAGACGGCGAUAGAGGCACCAACUUGGCGGUUGGGAUGGGAUUCGCUACUUGGGGUAUUUACUCCGUGUACCUUGCGAGCUUCAAUUAUCUGGCCGACAUGUACCAGAUAUAUGCGUCAUCGGCCCUUGCGGCGAACAGUUUCUGUCGGAACUUGCUAGGAGGCGGUUUCCCGCUCGCCACGGCUGCUAUGUUUAAUAGGUUGGGAGUCAAGGGUGCUGGAGGGUUACUCGCCGGUUUGGCGACAGUGUUGACUGUCAUUCCUUGGGUGCUUGUGUUCUGGGGUGAUCGCAUCAGAGCUCGAAGCCAUAUGGCCCUCUUGCUACAAAAAUAA